ACGCCGACCUGGGAUUAAGCGGUGGGUCCAUCUUUAAGUGGACUAAUUAACCAGCUAACGAUUCUACUUCUUUGACUGGAUGACCUUUCAACCGGGGCGUGCUGGGACCCAAGGAUCGACGCCAUCCGGACUGUAGGACCUCAGGAGACCGAGGUGUCGUGGAAGAGACCCCCGGCCGGGGUGCGCACUGGGCGGGCUGCGUGGCCAUGUGAGGACCGGCCAGCCGUUGGAGAGAUUGUGACACCGCCGCUCCACUGAGCUCCUCGUCGUCAUGGCCGAGAGGACGUAAGACGCCGGGGGAGACUGCUCUCGUUAGCCGGGUGCCGAGGCGCACGAUCGGUGUGCGCUCCUCUCCCCGCUCCCAGCCUCCCCAUGCCAGGACUCCCCCUCCGUCCACCGUUCCUUCCGUCUCCGGCCAGCCCCGCUCGCCUGUAGAAGACCGGCGGGCUUCAGCUGCAAGUUUCCGCCCGUCGUGCAGCCUCUUGACGGGGGGGGCGACGGAGCCAUGGCGGUCCCGGUGGUUGCGGCGCUGCUUCUCCUCGUCACCGCGUCACCGACGGCCUCGGGUGCGGAGGUGGAGGAACGCUUGGUGGGUCACCUGCUGUCGGCCGACCGCUACAACAAGCUGAUUAGACCGGCCGUCAACAACAGCCAGCAAGUCACCAUCUACAUCCAAGUGUCGCUCGCCCAGCUCAUCAACGUGAACGAGCGGGAGCAGAUCAUGACCACCAACUGUUGGCUGACUCAGGUAUGGAACGACUACAGGUUAAUGUGGGACCCCGAUGAGUACGACGGCAUCAAGAAGAUCCGCCUCCCGACGCAACACAUCUGGCUGCCAGACAUUGUCCUCUACAACAACGCCGACGGCACCUACGAGGUGUCCUUCUACUCCAACGCGGUGGUCUCCAACAACGGCGAGGUGGCCUGGCUCCCUCCGGCCAUCUACAAGUCGGCCUGCAAGAUCGAGGUCCGCGACUUUCCCUUCGACCAGCAGAACUGCACCCUCAAGUUCCGCUCGUGGACCUACGACCACACGGAGAUCGACCUCAUCCUCCUGAGCGACUUCGCCAGCCGCGACGACUUCAAGCCCAGCGGCGAGUGGGACAUCGUGUCGCUCCCGGGACGCAAGAACGAAGACCCGGAUGACAUCAGGUACCUGGACAUCACCUACGACUUCAUCAUCAAGAGGAAGCCUCUGUUCUACACCAUCAACCUCAUCAUCCCCUGCAUCCUCAUCACCUCCUUGGCCAUUCUGGUCUUCUACCUGCCGUCCGACUGCGGCGAGAAGAUGACGCUGUGCAUCUCCGUGCUCCUGGCGCUCACCGUCUUCCUGCUCCUCAUCUCUAAGAUCGUGCCGCCCACGUCUUUAGCGGUGCCUCUGAUCGGGAAGUACCUGAUGUUCACCAUGGUCCUGGUCACCUUCUCCAUCGUCACCAGCGUCUGCGUGCUCAACGUGCACCACCGCUCCCCCAGCACCCACACCAUGCCCCCUUGGGUCAAGCGUGUCUUCAUGCACCGACUCCCCUCCUACCUCUUCAUGAGGAGGCCCGGCAGCUCCAACAUCCGCGAGAAGUUCCGCAAAAAGCACCAGCAUCGAACGUACUCGGAGAAGAAAGCGGGGGCGGACGCGGGGGCGGGGAGUCCCGGGGGACGAGCGGACUCCUUCUACGUCAACGAGGAGUCGGCCAAACGCUACGGAUGGACGUUCAGCGACUUUGCCGACAACACGGAGUUCAGGAAGAGGAGCACGCUCAAGAGGGGCAUCGACGUGGAGGACGCCGUGGACGGCGUUCGCUACAUCGCGGACAAGAUGAAGAGUGAGGAUGACGACGAAGGGAUCAUCGAGGACUGGAAGUACGUGGCGAUGGUGAUCGACCGCCUCUUCCUGUGGAUCUUCGUGUGCGUGUGCGUGGUGGGAACCAUGGGUCUCUUCAUGCAGCCUCUGUUCCAGAGCUACAACACCCCCAUCGUGGAAGACGUGGAGCAGAACUGAAACCUCCAACUUAUGGUCUUGGAGAAGAAAAAACAAAAAAAACCUAACCUCAAUUCCUUGCUCCUUCUUUGGAGAAGCCAACACAUGAACUUACCUCCUCACUCCGCACUUUAUCUUGGCUUCCUUCUCCAACUUCAUCCGUGCUUGAGGUCCACAUCAGACCCACUCAUGCCUUUGUGGACCUUUCUUCUUCAGUUCCUACCAAAUUCUAAGCGUCUGAUCAUCCAAGAACGUGUUCCCAAACCGUGGUGCGUUUGAUGGCUUGUUCCAGCCAACCAACCCUGAUGUGCACCUAAUGGGACAUGGGAGCGCUGGAGGGAUGGACCUCUUCACGCCAAACCAGACCAGAGUCCUGAACCCUGAGGUUGAUUGGGAACUGGGCGGUGAGGAUAAACCCUUGAUUGAUUGAUGGAUUGAUUGAUUGAUGAAGAUUCCCUUUGACUUUUUCAUCCAAAUCCAAAACUUACGGAUCAAGUCCAGAACCGCCAAAAAAAGACGUUAGUCGAACACGUCCCAUUUCAAGCAUGGCCCCACGAAGCUGAAGAACCGAAUGAAACCACAAGGACGUGGAACCAAACAUCAAUUAGGAGACGAGCCGCGUUACUUGGAUCACAUGUGUUGCUUUCAAUGGAACACGGAGCCAAACGUCACGCUAACCGCACCUUUUUUUUUUUUUACAAUCCCCGCCUCCUACACAUGCAUGAAACACGCCCCCCCCCCCUUUUUCUUUUCCAAGAGCCCAAAGACAAAAAAGUGCUUGAGAAGGACAUCGGUCAGGAAGCAGCACAUUUGGCCAAAAUGUACCCUAAGAAGAUGACCUCCCAACUAGCACGUACUCUACGUACUCUACUGUGUUGUUGAUGUCCACUUUCAAGGUCGGAAAGGUCAUAUAAAUGACCUUCAUGCUGAUCUUUUAUGAUUGGCGUAGCAUCCAGCAUCCGUCUCCGCUGAAAAUAAGCAAUAAGUCUUUUCUACUGACGGGACCGAAGAACACCAACACCGUCUCUGGUCUUCUUGUGAUGCGUUCAAGUACCCGUUGUGGAGACAACCGCAGCCAAAAAGGAGCAUUGUGUUAAAUCCUUUUGUUCAGUGGGCCGGUGGAAGGAAACAUGACCGUGAUGUCAGUGAAGUGGAUCAAUAAAAGGGAAGUGAAAGCAACACGCUGAUGGCAUGAUGCAUUCAAUGUCCGUUCUUUACGGUAUUACGCUCAUUUCCACGUGUAGAUUCUUCAUGCUGUUUCUUAGUCGGUCCAGACCAGACUAGACCAGUUCCAGGUGGUGCUCGCUUUAUGAAUGAAAAACUUCAUCUUGUUUGGUAAACCUGAGACUGGCUGAGGAGAGAAAGCUUUUUUGCCUUUGCCAUCAAGAGAUCAUGACAGGAAAUGACUUUGGGUUCUUAUUUUUGGUCGGAUUCUGGCUUUUAGACGCCGUGCUCUUAAACGUCAUCAGCUGACUUUUUUGUCUCACUCCCGUUUCCUCUUUUUGUAUUUUGAAGCUGGUCUUAGAACCUCCUUGAGGUCCAUACGUCCAUUGUGUUGCGUUUGUGUGUCAGUAGGGGGUCAAGUGGACUUCUUCACACGUUUCUUCAAGAACUCUUAAGCAUUUAGGGACGUGCACUCUGGUGUAUGCACUCUUUGCUCCGACGUGGGUCAGCUGACUAAAGGCUUCAUUAGUCUUGGAACCGCAGGGUGUUCAACUUCACCUUCUGUUAACUUGACUACGCUAGUAUCACUGCAGUGCAGACAACACACACACACACACACACACACACACUGGGCCAUUAUAAGCCUGGAAAAUCUCGUGUUCUCUCUCGCCCUCUUUAUCAGAUAGAGAAUUAUUCCCCAAACUGUGACGCCGGGACCUAAAACGGAACCUGCAGGC